UCUCCCUCGCCCUGCUCGGGGAGGAACUGCCGCGCUCCGGCCGACUCCCCCGCCGGCGGGCGGGCGGGGAGGGGGGCUCCCGGGGCUCCGGCACCGCCGCGCGCAGCCCUGGACGCCGACCCCGCGGGGCACGCGCGGCCCUCCCCACCGCCGCCCCCCGCGCACCUCCGGACAAAACCCUAGUCGGGAAAUUCGUUGCGCCCCUCCGGCGGGGAGGCUUGGCCCCCACCAGGGACCCCCGCCACCCGCGGGCGCUAUGAGCCAGGUGCUGGGGAAGCCGCCGCCGGGGGACGGCGACGACGACGACGAGGAGGACGAGCUGGUGGGGCUGGCGGACUACGGGGACGGGCCCGAGUCCUCGGACGCCGACCCGGACAGCGGCGCUGAGGAAGUUCUGGACUUCAGCGAUCCAUUCAGCACUGAAGUGAAGCCGAGAAUCCUGCUCAUGGGCCUGAGGAGAAGCGGCAAGUCGUCCAUUCAGAAAGUUGUCUUUCACAAAAUGUCUCCCAACGAAACCCUGUUCUUGGAGAGCACCAACAAGAUCUGCCGGGAAGAUGUUUCCAACAGCUCCUUUGUUAAUUUCCAGAUUUGGGACUUCCCGGGACAGAUUGACUUUUUUGACCCUACAUUUGACUAUGAGAUGAUCUUCCGGGGAACAGGAGCCCUGAUAUUUGUCAUAGACUCCCAGGACGAUUACAUGGAAGCCCUGGCCAGGCUCCACCUCACCGUGACCAGGGCCUACAAAGUGAACACUGACAUCAACUUCGAGGUGUUUAUUCAUAAGGUGGACGGUCUGUCAGACGACCACAAAAUCGAGACCCAAAGAGAUAUUCAUCAGAGGGCAAACGAUGACCUUGCUGAUGCUGGAUUAGAAAAAAUUCACCUCAGCUUUUAUCUGACAAGCAUAUAUGACCAUUCAAUAUUUGAAGCUUUUAGCAAAGUGGUUCAGAAACUGAUCCCACAACUCCCCACCCUGGAGAAUUUGCUAAACAUCUUUAUCUCAAAUUCUGGAAUUGAAAAAGCUUUUCUAUUUGACGUGGUCAGUAAAAUUUAUAUUGCAACUGAUAGUACUCCAGUGGAUAUGCAAACCUACGAGCUCUGCUGUGAUAUGAUCGAUGUGGUUAUUGAUAUCUCUUGUAUUUAUGGUCUCAAAGAAGAUGGAGCAGGAACCCCUUAUGACAAGGAAUCAACAGCCAUUAUAAAGCUGAAUAAUACAACGGUUCUUUAUUUAAAAGAGGUGACAAAGUUCCUGGCUCUUGUUUGCUUUGUCAGAGAGGAAAGCUUUGAAAGAAAAGGGCUUAUUGACUAUAAUUUUCAUUGCUUCCGGAAGGCCAUCCAUGAAGUUUUCGAGGUGAGAAUGAAAGUGGUGAAAUCACGAAAGGUUCAGAAUCGGCUGCAGAAGAAAGGAGCCCCCCCCAAUGGGACCCCAAGAGUGCUGUUGUAGUAAGGUGUCAGGACCGUCUGUUGAAAUCAGACCUUUCACUGAGGCUGCUGUGCUGUGUUGCACUAAAGGAAAAGGAGGAGGAGAUUGGGACACAUGACAUAUUUGUUGUAAAAAAGAAAAAAAUUCCUGCAACCCUCUUAGUCUUUUUUAAAUAAAGUAAGCACUUUGAAGCAAACACUUGUAUUUUAACAAUGAAGUGAAAUCCACUGUAAUUGCAUUACACAAACGUAAACUUUUAUGGUCUGCAGUCAGAAAAAUCCUGUGUAAGAACUGCCAGGAACUGUAUAUAUUUUGCACUUUUUCAUGUUUCACUGAACUGAUCUUUGAUAAAACAACUUUUCUAAGCUUUUUUCUGUAUGUGGAGUCAAGGACAUGCAUACUGUAGUCCAUGUGUAUAUGGCAAUCAGAAAUUAAUCAAAAGGCAGUGAGUGGGCAAUGACUUUUUAUAAAUCUGAGAAUCUUUGCUACCAAUUGUUGAGGAAAAAUCAUUUUUCAUUAGAGCUGGAACAGAUGGGGGUGGGCAGCAAGCUCUAGGAGCAGUAAGAGCUGUCGUCUGGUAAUAACUGGUGUAAACAGGAGUUUCGUGGAGUAAUGUUAGUGCCAUUGACAUAGCUCUUUACCUCAACACAUUUCUGCCUACUUAUACAGAGGGGUCAUUUCCUUUUGCCGCAUUACAGUUCUUCAGAACCUCUGGGACCACAUUUCCAAAGUGGUGCCGAUCACUGGACAGAAUUGAGAACUGUGGGGUUUCUGGAAGCUUUUCUGUAACUGCUACCCACACCCAAGUAACAUCAGAGCCACAUGUUUUCCCAAAUGCGGCUGGCAACUGCAGAUUUAAAAACCUGUGCAGUUACAUAUGUUUGGCCCAUGUUAAAUGGGCCUGUAACUGCAACAUUUAAAGUACUUAGAACCAGUUUUUUGUUUUUGUUUUUUUACUGCUCUGUAACCAUGGGGAAUGUCUAGAUCUCUCUAGCACAGUGAUUAAUGCUGAUGGGCACAGCUGUCACCCCUGAGCCUCAUCUGCUGCAGUGUGCCUAGUGGACUCUGCCCGUUCCCACCUUGUGACUGAACCAGAGUUCAGCUUACUGGUAGCACGCUCUGCACAGUGAAACAUCUGUCCUGAAAACCCCUAAAUAUCAGUAGAAAGAGAAUGGCCAGCAGAGGCACUACAGUUUGCUACAUAUUUGUUUCUAGGAAAUUCUUCCUUGGCAUGUUUACUUGACUAUGGGGAAGUUAGGAGACUCUUGAGUCUACCCCCACCCUAAACCAUUCCAAGUAGCUAGAACCAAUGUCCAGCCCAAGACUCAGUGUCCUAAAGCAUGCUUGGGAGGUUUUUUGUUUUCUUGUUUUUUUACCAGAGCCUCAUAGGGACAGUAAAAGCUGGUCCUAGCAAAAAUGUAUCAAUUUCCUACAGCAACCUGUCCUUGAAAUUACCCUACUUGUAUUUGGGGAUUCUUUUCUGUCCUCUUCUUCCUUCCCCAAGUCCUGUUUGACUGGUAACUGCAAUUUAAGAUGGGAACUGAUUUGAGCCCCUCCCCCCCAAGGGUCUGCAUUUUAGGAGGAAAUUUGUAAAAAAUCACUAAGGUGCCCUAACUCCAUGACUCCUACUGGGAAACCUGGAUGGGUUAGGAACCCAGGGCUCCAGGGAAGUCUUUUCCUUAACUUUGGACCUAUAUACUCCCUGCUGGGUCUUUGCCAACAGGCCUGGUGCAUAUGGGUCGUUCUUAUAAACUUAAUUCUGUGAUUUUUUUACACAGUAGUUCUUGUUGAAUAAGCAAAGAAUUGCUUUUCUAAUGCGACUUGAUCCUCAAGACAGACACUUGCCUAUCUAGUAAAUCACACACAGGUAUAUGUAUUACUGUAACCAGGUAGAGCUUCCAUUUUAAGGUGGGGUAUAUGAUGGGUUUUUGUUCAAAUGUGCCUUAAAAGCCUAUCACUUCAAAAGCAAAUGAUUCUUUGGGGGACGGGUGAAAAUAAUCCUAUGGCAUGGGAGUCAGCUUCACCGUAGUGCACUCUGAUUAAUCACAUCGAUAUGUAGAUUCCUGCCUCAAACCUGUAAGCAUGGCAAUGACCUCUUAGUGAAAUUCAGAUGUGGGAGUAUGUUUUAGCAUUCCGUUUUUUAAGUCUGUGCUACUGGAAUUAUAAAAAUCAAUUCCUUUUGCAAUUUAUUAUGAGACUUAGCUUACUGCGAUAUGCAUGACCUCGUGUAGGUCACCAAUGUAAAGCUAUAUAUACAAAGUCCAAAUCUAUGGCUACAGUGACUGCUCUGGAACAUUUUUUGCUCAUUUUCAAAGGUUGAGAACUUGACCUGCAGGUUUCUAAGCCAAUUAGAACUUCUAUGUGGAGGUGAGACUCUGUGAAUUAUCAUUUUUGGUUAUUUUUAGUGAUGCAGGUUAGUGUGUAUAACCAGGGUAGAGUGUUUUUGCAGAAAUACAAAUCAAACACCGGUUGGCAUUUAUGGACAGUGUUAUUUUGUGAACAUAUUUUGGACCCUUAAUUAUAAAAUGACUAGAAACAGCAAUAUUGUUAUAUACGGGUUAUAUGCUAACUGUUUGAAACUACUCCAGAAAAACACCUGAACUGUCUUGAUUUAUUAAAGUACGGUAUGCAUUCAACUUAA